AUGAAGCUCGCACUCACUGCCCUGCUGCUCGCCACCAUGGCCCUCUCCAUCCCCGCCCCCGAGGCGGCAGUGAUCCGGCCCAUCCCCGACCCGCCGAAGGAUCUCGACGACACCCCCAAGCCGGCCACCAACACCAUCGUGCCGAAGCCGCCGGCCAAGUGCGUCUUCUUCGGGGACGCAUGCGUGUACCGCGUCUUCGGAGAGGAAGACAUGAAGCUCGCCCUCGCCACCCUCUUCCUCGCGACCAUCGCGCUCGCGGCACCCGCCCCAGCCGCGGACCCGGAGCCCCUCCUUCCCGGCAUCGAUCAGUGCACCUGGCUGCCGAAGUGCAUCCCCGAGCUCGGCGGCACCGCGGCCUGCACCCAGCUGUGCGCGGCCAAGGGGCUCACGUUUGGCCAGAUCCAGCCGUGCGGCUUCCUCCCGCCGUACAAGGUCUCCUGCUGCUGCUACCACAAGUGA